CGAUAACCCAAACAAAUCCCAGAGCAGUCGACGACGACAAGCGACGAAACGGCUGACACACAUUCUUCUCUCCUCUACCUUCCCACCUUCCCUUUGUUCCUCUCCUCCUUCGUCUUCCUCGCAUCACAGUCGUCUUUGGCGGCAACACACAAGGGGCCACGUAGCCCAUCUCAAGCAUGGAUCAGCAGCACUUGUCUGGCCUGCCAUCAUCAAACCAGUCACGGUCCUCGACCUCGGACCAGCAGCAGCCGCAGUCACAGCCACAGCAGCGCGAGCACUAUGGCACGCCCCAGUACCAGGCUCGCGAUAGGCAGCCUGUGACGAAGCUUGUGAGCUUCUACCUAGUCAAUGAAGACACCUCCAUCACCGUUCGCGUUCCCUUUGACCCGCCCAUUUCGUUGCGGGAGGUGACGCGUCUUGUCGCUGCGGAGUAUCGCAAGACAGUGACGUCGCGCCAGCCAAAUCCGCACUCUCUGUUCCUCCUCCUCGCCGAUGGCACCGUCCCCAAGUUCACCCUCCCAAUCACAGCCAAGCCGCUGCAGCGGGCCAUUCGCGACCCGUCGGAGAAGUCAACACACUCCUUUGAACAGCUGCCGUUUGUGCUCGUCUUUGACGCCAGCGAUGCGCCCGUUGCUCAGCCCGACAUCAAGUAUCCAACCACAACCCACCUCCCAACGGCCACGGAGCUGGUGGAGCAACCGCAGUUACAGAAGCGAACGUUUUCAGCGCUGGGCGAUGUCAACACAGAGCUGAUGCAGCUCAUGCUGCGUGCAGUGCAGGUGGUGAUUGUCCAGCAGUCUGUGUGCUUGGCUGCCUUUCGCAGCAUCCAGCACAUGCACGCGCACCACGCGACCAUCACCGAUGCGCUGAAGAAAGACGUGCAGCAGCUGCUGGACAAAUACACGCAGAUUGCCGACAUUGCUGAUCCCCUCAAGACGCUGCUGAUGCGCGUUCGCGUGCAGCCGGAAUACGUGGGGCUGCCUCGCACACCCGAAAAUGUGCCGCUGCUGUUUCUGCACGAAUCGUUCCCAACGCAGGAUCGUUUCGAAUCCAUGAUGACAAAAGCCAAGACAGCAGAAAAAAAGUUACGGAAGCUGCUCAAGGCGUAUGACGACGAGGCCUCGAAGCACAAGCGGCCGUUUGUCAACAAGGGGCGCGUGGAUGCACUGCGCAUGGAGCGAAGGGAAGCAUCAAGCACGUUUACCCGCAUCCACGCCGAGCAAGCAACCGCACUUCGCGAGCUUACGUCGAUGAAAGCGCUGCCCGUCGAGGACGAACUGAAGCUCCUUCUCGACCGCCACAAGACCAUGAAUGAGCUGACGACGCGUGUUGUUGAGCUGACCCACCGCAUGCCGGAACUGAUUCGAUUGGUGGUUGGUGAGGUCGUCAAGUUGGAGUCAGACUACAAGCAGUUCUCCGAGCAGUACAACCGGCAGAAUUACAAGUACGCGUUUAACUUUCUCGCCCGCACCGCGCGCCGCGGCCACUGUCUGCUGCACCUCCCCCACACGACAUUCAAACUCAUGACGGAGGUCUUUCGUCGUCGCUACACCAAGCGCCGAUACUUACACGCAAUGAAAGAGAUUGAGGGCGCCGUGUGCAUGAUGCGCGACAGAGAACUCAGCAAGAGAAACGCGUUUGCGGACGACCGGGAGUUUCUUGAGUUUGUGCCGGCGAAUUGGCCCAUCAAGGACCUCCUGUCCGGCUGCCCGCGCUCGUGCCUCAAACCCAUCCGCGACUACGACGAGAACCUGCCAGACGUCAAUCCAGAUGAUGUGACUGCGUGGCUGAACGAGACAGAGGUGGUGGCGACGGAGGUCGGGCUGAAGGACGCCAUCCUGACAGAUGACUGGUUUGCCAUGCGCGCGGAAACCAUUGAGAAGUUUGACGCACAAUGCCCAUCUGCGCUGGAUCAGCUUCGCAACCGCGAGGGCGAGGACCCCUUUGACACAAUCAACCGCGCCUCGCGGAAGAUGCAUCCGGAUCAAGAUGCGGAGAAACUUCAGGAGCGCCUGCGCGAAUUGGAGGAUGAUGUCAUUGCCCUCCAUUUGGAGAACUACGUCAAGGACUUUCUGCUGGAGCAUCCGCCGGCAUCAGUCGCGCUGCAGCGAAAUCGCGACGAAGACGCCCUGCCACCCCCGCCACCCCCAUUAAGGUCGCCAGCAUCAUCCUCGAGCACGGUUGUGGUGCCCUCGUCGCCGUCGUCGUCCAUGUUUGGUGAUGCGCCCAGCGGUGAUGCGCCCAGCACACCGCCCGAGCACAUGGGAACAUCACCCACCACCCCGUCAUCAUCGCUGCCGUCGUCGCUGUCGUCGUCGACACUGGAGCCGAGGGCGCGUCAGCAUGACGGCGAGGGAGAACAGCAAGCAGACCAAGGGCAGCAGUAUGAACGUGGGCACAACGCACCGCCACCCCCACUGUCGUCGUCGUCGUCGUCAUCAGCAGCAUCAGCAUCAUCAUCAUGGCCACCACGGUUUGACAUUGAAACGCUCGUGCGUGCAUUGCAGCGCGACAAGAACGAGCGCGCCCCGUACCGCCACAUCUUUGGUGUGCAGCCCAUGUACACCCGACUCCUGCGCGGACACCCCGCAGGGCCUUCGUCCAUUGUGCCGAGUGAUGAUGAAGGCAGCCCCACCCCUCGCCCACGCUCGCUUGCAUCCUCGUCUGCUCCCAGUCUGGCCGCCGCUGCUGCUGUGGGCACUGGUGCUGCGUCCAACACCGCCGCUGGUGGUGGCGUCAACACCACCAUAACCGGCACGCCCACAAUGACGACCAACUCAGUGUUCUAUGGGAUGUCGCCGUCCGAGAACGUGAGCCCCGUGCAUGCAGGCACAUUUGCCACGCCAAGCCUCGCCCACCUGCCCGCGCGCCUGCACGCGCUGGGGGCGGUGCCCGUGAUCCAGGAGAACCCGCGCGAGGGACUUGGCGAGGGGGGCGUGAUGCAACAGCACACGUUUCCUUACGCACCAGCACAGCAGCAGCAACAGCAGCAACAGCAGCAGCAGUACGGUGGUAGUGGUGGUGAGGAAGAAUUGGGUGAUUCGCAGUUUGAAAAGUUUGAGGAUGAGUCUGUGCAUGGUGACGACAACAGCGGUGAUGCUGGUGAUACGGAACAAGGUCGGGGCAGCGAGGGAGAAGGUGAGAAGGGGCGUAGUGGUGAUCGUGGCAGCAAUGUAGAUGCCGGCACAAUGACGGACAGGCAGACGGGGGAGCAGCAAGGUGAGGUGACAGCAUUGCGGGAAGCGAAGGAGGAACUUGAGCGACAAAUUCACGAGCUGCAGCAGCAAGUCUCCACCCUCAGCGGAGAGAAUGAGGCCUUGGAGACGAAGAUGAAGGGCAUGAUUGAUCCCUCAAACAUGCUCGACACAUCCGUUCUCGAGACGACGCGGUCGCAGCUGUCGUCGUCGUCGUCUGUGUUGAGUCCGUGGGGCGGCGAUGAGCCGGAGCCAAAGAUCUCGUUCUUUGACCUCAAACCGGGCGACAUUGCCCUCUUCCUGCGCAGCCCAAAGAAGACUUGCAUGAUGGCGUUCACGAAACGGGCGCGUGAGUACAUCCUCACACGCGAGGAUCUCGUGGACAUGGGCGUCCUCAAGUCGCCUUCAAGCCCCACGCCAGGGACGCUGUGCGUGCGCCUGAUAUCUGUGGAGCGGCGGAAGAUUGAGAGCGACAGCGCGCUGGAGUUUAAGGACCUCAACGUGUACGUAUGCAAGGGAUCCAAGCUUGAGUUAUCCGGCAAGUAGCGAAGGAAUACACAGCAAGGGAAUGAGUUGAGGCCUCCACGGCGAGGGAACAAACAAACAGUUCAAGCCCAAGUUACACAUGUCUGCGUAUCUGUGCGUGCGCUUGUUCUUGCUUAACAUAAUCGAAUACAUAGCAGAGGCGCGGUGUAUGCGUGUGUGUGUGUGUGUGUGUGUGCACGUGUGUGUGUGUGUGUGUCUGUGUGUCUGUGUGCACGUGUCUGUGUGCACGUGUCUGUGUCAUGUCAUGUCACAAUCACAUCAGUUGCUGGAACAAGAAAGAACCAUUUCCAAC